UUAUGGCAUUUCCAAGGCCAUGAGCAUUGUUAUCAUCGUUUGCUUUGCUAUAUCACACAAGAGAUUGAUAAUUAACAAACACAAACAUUACCUGAAAAGUGAAAACUAAGAUUAAACUCAACAAAAGUGAUUUUCUUCUCUCUCUCUCUUUCUCUUUUUCCUUCGUUACCAGUUACAGUACCUCGCACUCUCCGCCAUCACCAUGCAAGCACUUCACACACCGGCCAUUUCCCUUCGCGCUUCUCCGUUGGACUCACUUCGCAAAUCCGGCAAUGGCAGGAAAAGAGGCACCGGCAGCAACAGCAGGAGAGUCUCUUUCGUAUCGGCGAGCGUGGUCUCCGCCGCGCCGCAGAGGCAGAAGGACCCGAAGAAGCGCGUGGUGAUCACGGGCAUGGGUCUCGCGUCUGUGUUUGGAAACGACGUCGACGGUUACUACGAGAAGCUUCUCGCGGGUGAGAGUGGGAUCACCCUAAUCGACCGGUUCGAUGCGUCCAAGUUCCCGACCCGGUUCGGCGGCCAGAUCCGCGGGUUCAACGCCCAAGGCUACAUCGACGGAAAAAACGAUCGGAGGCUCGACGAUUGCCUCCGAUACUGCAUUGUCGCCGGCAAGAAGGCCCUCGAGCAUGCUGACCUCGCCGCCGAUAAGCUUUCUAAGAUCGAUAAGGAACGGGCUGGGGUUCUUGUUGGGUCAGGGAUGGGUGGUCUUACUGUGUUUUCUGAUGGUGUUCAGGCUCUAAUUGAGAAAGGAUAUAGAAAAAUAACACCUUUUUUCAUUCCUUAUGCUAUUACUAAUAUGGGUUCGGCACUGCUUGGGAUUGAUCUUGGUUUCAUGGGUCCAAAUUAUUCUAUAUCAACUGCUUGUGCUACCUCCAAUUAUUGCUUUUAUGCUGCUGCAAACCAUAUCCGUAGGGGGGAGGCUGAUUUGAUGAUAGCAGGUGGGACUGAAGCUGCUAUCAUUCCAAUUGGGCUAGGGGGUUUUGUUGCAUGCAGGGCUCUUUCUCAGAGAAAUGAUGACCCAAAAACUGCUUCCAGGCCAUGGGACAAAGGCCGAGAUGGCUUUGUCAUGGGUGAAGGUUCUGGGGUUCUGGUAAUGGAGAGCCUGGAACAUGCCAUGAAGCGAGGUGCACCUAUUAUUGCUGAAUAUUUGGGAGGUGCUGUUAACUGUGAUGCUUAUCACAUGACUGAUCCAAGAUCUGAUGGACUUGGUGUGUCUUCAUGCAUUCAAAGCAGCCUCGAAGAUGCUGGUGUGUCACCUGAAGAGGUCAACUACAUAAAUGCACAUGCAACUUCCACUCUUGCUGGUGACUUGGCAGAGAUUAAUGCUAUCAAGAAGGUUUUCAAGAACACUUCUGGCAUCAAAAUUAAUGCCACCAAGUCUAUGAUAGGUCACUGCCUUGGUGCAGCUGGGGGUUUGGAAGCCAUUGCCACAGUGAAAGCCAUAACAACAGGAUGGCUGCAUCCUUCAAUCAAUCAAUUCAAUCCCGAACCUGCAGUUGAUUUUGAUACAGUGGCAAAUGUCAAGCAGAAGCAUGAAGUUAAUGUUGGCAUUUCAAAUUCAUUUGGAUUUGGUGGACACAACUCUGUCGUGGCAUUUUCUGCUUUCAGGCCCUGAUUUCCCAGCUUCUCUGCACUUCAUGUAGAACAACAGUCUUAGUUAAUUGAAAUUUUGUUCUCUCUACAUCAUUGAGUCUAUUUAUUUUAUUUGAGUCCAUGAUAUAUAAAAGCUGUCGGUCAGUAGUAGUGCAUUUUGUGCUAAUUUUGACUUGACAGUUAGCUUGAACAAUUAUUUUCUGUAGAACUUUUUGAUUAUUGCUCGAAGAUUUAAUUGGUUUGGAGAUAUACAGCGGAUAGAAAUUGUCAAGAGGGCUAGUCUCAAGCAUUCUUCUAAUUGUUAAGUAAAGAUGAUUAUUAUCAGGCAUGUCUCUAUGAUACUUGCUUAUUGCUUAUUAUCAGGCAUGUCUAUUUGAA